AUGGAGUCGGUCGUGGAGCAGCUGGAGUUGGCGUAUAUGCAGCUGGAGAUGCACUGGUGCUGCUGGAGUGGAUCGCUGGUUGGUCACGGUGUUGUUGGAAUAGGUGGGGGUGCUGUUGGUGUCGGUCAGGUGCUGCUGGAGUCGGUCGCUGCGCAGCUGGGGUUGGUGGCGAUGCUGCUGGAGUCGCACGGGCGCUGCAAGAGUCAGUCGCCUGUUGGUCGUGGUGCUGCUGGAAUUGGCGGCGGUGCUGCUCAGGCACUGCUGGAGUCGGCCGUGGUGUGGGUCCUGCUGGAGUCGGUCGUGGUGCAGCUGGGGUUGGCGUCGAUGCCGCUGGAGUCGCAUUGGUGUAGCUGGAAUC